UCGGGGGGCAAAAAUCAUACUCGCCUUUGUCGAUGACGUAGACGCAGUAGCACAAUCAAGAUUAGAAAUGAAGGAUAUUUUCUCGAGCUUUGAAGAAGCUGCAUUAAACAUCGGUCUAAAAAUAAAUGAAGACAAAACAAAAUACAUGGUCGUCUCACAACAAGAACGACGGCGAAUAAGGCAAAACAUUACUAUAAAUGAUCACAACUUCGAAUUGGUUAAAGAAUUUAAAUAUCUAGGAACAACAAUCACAAAUGACAACAAAUUAGAGCGAGAAGUUGAAACGAGAAUAAUGGCAGAAAACAGAUCUUUCUUUGCAAUGCAACAUCUAAUUAAGUAUAAAAAUCCGGAUAUAUAAGACCAUAAUACGACCAGCAGUCUGGUCAUAAUGAAAUUGGAUCACAAUGUGUUCUGGGAAAGGCCAGAUGGAAGACGGUCUGUAGGGCGACCUAGAAAUGUACUCAAAGAAAAUCUAGAGAAAAUGGGAGUGCGACAAUGGGAAUUACUGGCACAUGACCGACAAACAUGGAAGGCAAUAGUAAACGAGGCAAAGACUCACGAAGAGUUGUA